AGUUUUGCAAAGCAAAAGCGGUGGAAGAAGAAGCAGAUGACGAAAAAAAUAUGUGCAAGCAGAUCUCGCGAAAAAAUGAAUUUUGCUGCACUUGACGUGUGUGAAAUGUGAACCCAAAGUGUACAUUCUAUUACCGAGACAAUAAAUCAUAUUUUACGAAAAUUUUUGAUAUCGCCCGCAACGUUUAAAGCCGCAAAGAAAUGAAGCGAAAAUACGAUAAUUGCGUGCUGCAGCAGAGGCAGCAACAAAAUCCGUGUUUGUUGUAGAUAUACGUAGUACGAGUAUAUGCAAAUAUAUACAUAAUAGAGCAGCAGAGUCUGGCGGAGAGUCCGCCGACGACGCGUCAUACAGACAGAACUGAUCUCCCAUAGGCCGCAGUAAUUAAUUCGAAAAUCGUACCGCGCCAAGGAGCGAACAAAAGAGGCGCGAAAAAUUCGCAAAGCAAAAUGGUUGUCUCCAAAGACAACAAGCGUCGCCGCAAGGAGGCGGAGACGCCUCCCCCUCCACCGCCAACAACGGCCAACAGUUCCACGGCAGCCGCGGCUGCGAUCGAAUCCUCACCCGAAAUGCCCAAAAGAACCAAGGUGCAGGCUCAGCGCAAGUUCGCCCAGGGUCAGAGUGCUCCGAGCAGCUCCUCCAGCUUAUCGUACAGCGCCAUCGCAGCUGCCGCCGGGCCGAGCACGUCUGGCGCCGACAGCUCACAGCCGCCCAUCGAGAUCCUGCCCAACAAGUGUCCCAAGCCGCAGGAUUUCGUCACGUUUCUCUGUUUCCGCGGCACUCCCGCCCUGCCGGCCCACCUGGACUACCUCAACCAGGGCAAGCACCAGGAGGCGGCGACCAGCACAACAGGUGCGAACAACAACAACAACGCCAAGAAGAUAAACAACCGAAUCCAGAACGUUAAGAAGAAACGAGGACGACCGGCCAAGGGAGCUGCCAAGAAGGGUGAGGCCGCUCCCACCGAAGCGCCAUCCACUGAGAAACCAAAACCGGCUGAGAAGCCAGCCAGUGAUAAAAUCAAUCUCAUAGCUCCCGAGAAGCCAUCACCCGCCAACCCCCUGCCAGCGUCGACUCCGCCGGUACUGCCGGGAGCUGUGCGCAAGCGGGCCGAGGUCGUGACGGAUGGCAACCGGCGAGGAGCCAGGGGCAGAGGCGCAGCAGCGGCGGCGGCUGCGUCGCCUGACAAACCAGGACCGGGAGCCGUUUCGGGCGAGAACAUACGACGCUCGAAUCGUUCCAUUACCAAGGAGAGCAAGCCCAUUAUAGAGGACGACGACACCCAGGAGGACGAGGAGGAGGCCGACGAUGAUGAGGACGAGUUCUUUUCCGCCCAUGAUGCCACCUCGCGCAAUGGAGAGGAAGUCAAGUCGGAGAGCCCCGUGAAGGCCGAACCCACCAAGCGAGGACGCCCCUCGGCAGCGAAGCAACCACCGCCAGAGCCAUCGCAGGCAGCUGCCAAAGAGAAGGCGCCCGUAAAGCGGGUGCGACAACGGGAGUCGCCCAUUUUUAUACCCUCGCCCGAGUCAUCGGGACGGAUGACCAGACAGAGGGCUUUUUUCGAGCCAGUGAAGGUUCCUCCCCACCAGGAGGAGCCUUCAGGCCAGGAGCGCUCAAAAGACGAUUCCGAAAAGGAACAAGAACCCGACCCAGAGCCAGAGCCAGAGCCCGAGCCGCCAGCUAAGCAGGUGAAGGAGGCCAAGGAGAAGACAAACUCCAGUAUCUAUGCCAAAGACGCCAAGCAGCAGCUGGAGAACGGGGACAGCAAGCACGGGGCUGGUUCCAAGGGCAAGAAGAGCUUGAAUGUCUUUGACUUUAGUUCCGACGACGAGCAGCCGCUGGCCAAGUCCAUAAAGCUAAAGAAGGGCGCCAAGAAGGGUGGACCGGUGGCUGCGGCUGCUGCGCCGACUGCCAGGAAUCGCAAGGGGGCGGCCAAGAAGCUAGAGAAGGAACGGGAGAAGGAGCUGGAGAAGGAGAAGGAGAGAGAAAAGGAGAAGGAACGAGCCAAGGAGAAAGAAAAGGAACCUACUCCGGAGGAACCCCCCAGUGGCGGGAAACGCGGAAAAGCUGGGAAAAAGAAAGCGGAAGAUGCUCCGGCGGAUGAGCAGGACCUGGCACCUCCUUCCUCAAAGAAGCCCGCCAACAACGCCCGGGGCGGAAGGAAGUCCGCCAAGAGCAAAGCCUCGGAGGACGACUCCGAGCCCCAGAGAUCCCAGCGUCCGUCGCGGAAAACCAAGGAGGCUGCGGCCAUCUACAUGGGCAUCAUCGGGCACAAGCUGCAGCUGGCCGACGACGAGGAGGACGACCUCUCGCUGAGCAGCUUCCCGGACAUCCCGAACGUCAAGGAGAUGGAGAAGAUGGAGAACGAGAUCAAGCGAAAUGCGGCGGGAAAGUUAAACGUGCCGGAGUCCACGACGGUGUCUCCGGCAGGAAAGCCUUCUCGUAAGCCGUCGCCCGCAGUUGUGGCUGCUGAUCCCGCACCAGCUCGCCAGGAGUCCCCCUCCCCCACCGAAGCCGAGGAGGAGAAGCCACCGCCCCCGGCCCGCCGUGGACGCCCCCCGAAGGGCAAGACGUCGGCAGGAGCCGCUCCGCCGCCAGCCAAGCCACAGAUCGAAGGGAUGCUGGUGAAGAAGGGCUCGCUGGCCAAAAUAUCCGAGCAGGCCAAGUCGAAGGCCAAGUCCGAACAUUCAAAGGUCGACUCCGACGAGGAGGAGGACUUUCUUAUCAACGAGGAGCUGAACGAGACGAAGCGCAAGCUGGAGAAGAGCUUCAGUGACUCGGACGAUGAGCCGCUCGCCAUCAAGGUGCCACCGGUGGCAGUCAAGGAGAAGGACGUUGCACCAGCGAAGCUGCCCACCACCCCGAGUCCGCCGAAGGCAACGCCAUCGCCUUCGCCCGCUCCCGUCUCCACGGCCGCCUCGUCAGUGGCCCCUUUGGGAGGUCUGGGAUUCUGUGCAGCCCCCAGCACCAGUCAGCUGACAAUGCUGCCCCUGACCUCCAAGCUGGGCACUCUGCCACUGCCCAGCAGCAGCACAGUCUCCAACUGCAUACCGCCCCUGAGCUACUCUCCUCUGAAGGCCAUGGAGAAGAAGCCUCCGGUGCCCACUUCUAAGAUCCUGAAUGUGCCCGCCACCUACGCACUGCCUGGCAGCACGGGAUCGGGUUCGGUGACCCCGGGGACUGUGGGAUUUCAGAAAACCUCCUCCUAUCUGCCGCAAGCAUCGCCGCACUACCACUCGGGCUACGUCCGGCCGCCACCCACGCCCACGCACCAGUUCGGAGGAGGAGCCCCGCCUGGGAGUAAGACUCCGGCGUCGCCGCUGAAGUACCAGACACCGCCGACCACCUAUCCGCCGCCCAUCGAGGCGUACCAGUGUCCCAAGAUUAACCCCAACUUUCUGACACCCAAGUACGAGAGAAGCCCGCUGCCCAGGUCGUCCUCGUCGACCAACUUUCCCAGUCCCUCGCCGGUGAAGUUUCUGUCGACCACCUCGGGCGCAGCCAGUGCCACACCGGCGUCCUUGACGAAGAGUCCACUGGCACCACCGAUCCCCACGCCACCCGUCAGCCAGGUGGUGAUCCAGACAUCCAGCCUGAACCUGAGCACCAGUGUGGCGGCCACAGUGAACGCAGCACCCUUGCCGGUGGCCUCCACCUCGGCAGCGGCGGCCGCUCAACAGGCAGCCACUCCACCGCCGGCGCAUGUCAACAACACUGCGGGAGGAGCCGGCACCACCAGUGGGGCACCAGCUGGGGCCAAUGUGGACACAUUGAAGGACGAGAUCGGAAGCAUUUUGGCCCAGGCCACGCUCAUGCCCAGCAAGGAGGAGUCGGGCAAGAUCUUUGGGAUUGCCAGCGUGAGCCUGGCCCAGAGCUCUGGUCCGGACAACACCAAGUGUACGCUGGGCAAGUGCGGCUCGAUCCACAAGCCUGUCCUGGGACCGGUUGUGCCCACGGAGGGCUACUUCGGGGACCAGCUGUCGAGCAAGGAGCGCCGCAAGGCGAAGGUGAACAUGACCCACGAGCAGAUCCAGAAGUGGCUGAUCGAGUGCUCAUCCAAUCCGGACGAGAUCCAAGACGAUUUGGACGAUGAUUUCGAUGACAGCUUGAGGCCACAACAGUCCACGACGCCACCGCCUACCCGGGAUGACAAAGAGCUGAGCACCAGCUUCAGUUCCUCCUCGAAGAACACCCGGGGCGAUCUCGGCAAGAGCGAGAGUGCCUGGUCAGCCAAAGGUCCCUCUCUGAAGGCCACUCCGGUACUGGUCGCUGCGCCCAGCCGGAAGCAAGAGCUAGAGCAGGGCGAUGGCAAGGACUCUGAUGUCCUGGAAUAUGAGAAGUCAUCCUCCACGCCCGUUAAUCUCACCCAGAAGAUUUCCACCAACGAGGCAGGCACCAGCGAGAAGAAGGCCAACGAACGGAAGACCAAGGACACUGGCAAGGCGACGGGAAGCAAAGCUACUCCGCCGCAGUCGCGCAGUGCAGCUGCUACGCCCCCUACUCCCGUCUCCACGCCCACUCCCGUCAAGAGCAGUCCCACUCCGCCGCCGAUAGCCAAGCAGAAGGGCGAGAAGGGCAGGAAGAACGCAGCAGCCUCCGCCGCAAUGGGAACUCCUCCGCCAGCUGCCACACCCCCGCCACCGCUGACGAACACCACCAAGCGUACGCCGGUGUACAACCAAAAGGGUGGCAAGGCUCAGCAGCAACAGUCCCAGUCGGAAACGAAGACUCCCAACAGUGUAGGCACUGGCCCCAAGAAGGAGUCCGUGUACGCCUUCGGCAAGGAGGAAGAUACCACCGCCGCGAAGCCAACCAGUCGCCGAAAGGCGAAUGCCAGUCCCAGUCCUGCUCCGCCUGCGGUUCCCAACGCCCUGAGCGAGCGAUCACCGACCAAGAAGAGGGCAGCAGCGGCUGCGGCUGCCACGGCGGUCCAGCUCACCCUAAGUCCCACCGAGAACUGCAAGAUCGAGGGCAAGCCGAAGGCCGGCACAGGAAGAGGAGCCAAGAAGCAGCAGCAGUCUGCUCCGCCGCCCAAUCCACCGCCGGUAGAGGCCAGCGGCGAUUCUGACGGCGAGGGAGCCACCUUCUACAUACCACUGCAGGGAGCCGGUGUCGGGGGCAGUGGCGACGGCGGCAUCCAGGGGGUGGCUGUGAAGCUGGGAAGGGAAGGCCCUGACGGCCCCAACCAGAAGGUGGUGAUGCAGGCCACGCUGGUGACCAAGGCUCAGAUGGACACCAACUCUAAACCCCUGCCGGAGUCGUUGAACACCAACGAGCUCGUGAAGACGCUGCUCCAUGCGGCCAGCAACGAUGCGGCCUCCACGACCACCAGUUUGAAGAGCCUGCCCAAGGCCAGCACCUCCGCGGCGGCGGGAGCGGGAAUGGGCCAAGGCCAGGGCUCCAGCCUGGUUCGGGUGAACUCCAACUCGUCGCUGUUCUCCGGCUCGGCCAAAUCUCGGACAGCGGCGCAGACCAGCUCCACGGCAGCGGCGGUCGCCAAGAAGUACAAGGACGACACGCCCAUCAAGAUGGCAAACAACACGGCCUUUCCGCGCCACGACGAUCCCACCCAGAUGGUGGAGGCGCCCAUCUUCCGGCCAACGGAGAAGGAGUUCGCCGAUCCCAUCGAGUUCAUCGAGAGAAUCACCCCGAUUGCCGCCCGGUUCGGUAUCUGCAAGAUCAUCCCUCCGGCCAGCUUCAAGCCGGAGUGUCGAAUCUCUGAUGAGAUGAGGUUCACGGCCUACAACCAGUACGUGCAUAAGAUGCUCCACCGCUGGGGACCGAGUGCCAAGGAGCUGAGUGCGAUCAAGAAGUACCUGGCCACCCAGAGCAUCGUCAUGAACCACCCGCCCUGGAUCGGAGGCAUGGAGGUGGAUCUACCGCGACUGUACCACACGGUCCAGGAGCUGGGAGGCCUGAAGGAGGUCAUCGAGAAGAAGAAGUGGUCGCGCGUGGCGGAGGAGAUGUGCAUUCCCAAGCUGGCCCAGGACAGGGUCACCAAGCUGGACGAUAUCUACUGCAAAUACCUGCUGCCGUACGACACGCUCUCGCCAGCGGAGCGCCAGAAGCUCUUCGACGAGGUGGAGGCGGACUGGGCCAAGCGGGAGGCGCGGGCACGACGAAAUGCCGAUCGGUUCGUCAACACGGAAAGUGUUUCCAAUGAGGAAGACGACGUGAGCAGCGACGAGGACGAGGAGUCCGAGGAGGAGAUUGACGGCGUGUCCAUGGAGUGCAUUGUGAAGGGCAGGAGCAUGCCGCUCAGCCAGUUCUACAGGAUUGCCAGGAACACCAUGGCCCUUUGGUUCAAGAGCACCGAUCCCACAGUCAACGAGGUGGAGGCCGAGUUCUGGCGCCAUGUCGCCGUAAGGGACAGCCACGUGUGCGUCCAUUCCGGUUCGAUCGACAGUUCCGGUUGGGGCUAUGGAUUCCCCAGCCCGGGUCCCAAAGGUAAGGGAUCCAACUACGCCAGGCAUCCCUGGAACCUGAAGGUCCUGACCAACAAUGCCGGCUCUGUGCUGCGUUCCCUGGGCCCCGUGAUGGGCGUCACAGUGCCCACUCUCCACGUGGGCAUGCUGUUCUCUGCCUGCUGCUGGUACCGCGAUCCACAUGGCCUCUCCUGGAUCGAGUAUCUGCACACGGGCGCCUCGAAGCUUUGGUACGGCAUUCCGGAUGACCAAAGCGCCAACUUCAGGUCGGCACUAACCUCGCUGAUACCGACUCAUUGCCAGAACAAGACCAUCUGGCUGCCGUGCGAUACGGUGAUGGUGCCGCCGCACAUGCUCACAGAUCGCGGGGUAUCACUGUGCCGGAUCGAGCAGAAGCCAGGAGAGUUUAUUGUGGUUUUCCCCCGGGCGUACACCUCUAGCUUGGCCACCGGAUAUGUGGUGUCCGAAAGCGUUUACUUCGCUACCAUGUCGUGGUUAGAUCUAGCCAAGGAUGAUUUUAGGGACAUACAUGAGAGCUGUGAGCCUGCCAUGUUCUCCCUAGAGCAGUUGCUCUUCGCCUUGGGAUAUGACCAGCGGGUCAACUCGGAUGCUCUUCACCAAAUGCUGCCCAUGCUUAAUGAGGUUUGCGAAAAGGAAUCCGCCGCCCGAGAACAGCUUAGGGCUGCUGGGGUAACUUCAACGGAAAAGGUGCAGGCCGAGAAGGGCCAGAAGGCCAAGAAGCAACAGCAGCCGCCGUACAAAUCCAUCGAGAGCGAGUGCGACCUGUGCCGCGCCAACCUAUACAUAUCGAUGGUGCGCACCGAGGAGGGCAACGUCUACUGCCUGCAGCACGCUCUGAAGAACCUCAACAACGGCAACAUUCAGGCCAAGCAGUGCAAGCUGAUCUACGCCUACAACGUGGAUGAUAUCCAGCAGCUUAUCCGACAGCUUCAGGAGAAGAUUCAUCACAAGGCAGCGGUUAAGAAAAAGUAGCAUCGUCGGCGUCGUUACUAAAAGGCGGCGCAGGAUAUAGAUAUGUAUGAUUAGGGAUUCAGGAUAAGGCUAGGGACAAAACACUAAUGUAUAUAU